AUGACACUCCCAGAAUCUGCCGUCGCGCCGUCCUCAUCGCCACCUCCAACAGCAACGGGAUCCAACUCCUCUGAACCGCCUACAUCCGCUCUGACACACACAACAGAGAGCACGACGGAUACUUCCACUAUCCGUCUACGACCUCCUAGAUCACUUCCUCCUUGGAUUGACUCUUACGAAGAGAGAUAUGGUCCGGUGAGCGAUGAACAGCUUCAACUGUUACAACCACCAUCACGUAUAGUUCAGCACCAGAGCAAUUUUGCGCCUAAUCCGCCGCAUCGACGAGUGUCCAAGGAUGGCUUCGUCGUUUGGGACGACCCGUCGCUUGGCCCUGCGCAGAAUGCGCGAGCCAAGAUUCCUCACUUCUUUCGACACGGUCGCGCUUCCAUGCACGGUAGAAAGUGGGAUCACCUUCGCAGCAACGAACCCGUAAUAGUCCCCAAGUUCAGAACGACACCAGCCUUUAGCGCAGCUCAGAGCCCGGUAUCAUGGCACGACUAUGUACGGUCGUCAACCUGGGGCCGGAUGCCGAAUGAAGAAUCUCAAAUUGUGGACUACGAAGUGCUCAAUCAGCUGCAACCAACAUUCAAUAAGGAAUCGGAUUUUCACUUUAAUCAGACAGAUGCACGAACAAGAGACAAUCGAAAAGCCGUCACUUUACCGAACCGCAUAUGGAACAGAAUCAUGCGGCAUCCGUUGUCGCCGUUGCUGUUCAGAUUAGGCGUCAUGCUUACUUCGAUUGUGGCACUUGGACUCUCCGCGAAAAUAUAUGAACUAGAAGAUACGAUUGCGCAUCAAAGCGCAGAGCGAACUCAGUCGGUGGUGGCCAUAGUCGUGGAUUGUGUUGCCAUUCCUUACAUCGCAUACAUGAUAUGGGACGAGUAUACCGGAAAACCACUGGGCCUUCGGUCAGCAAUGUCCAAAAUCUCCCUAAUAUUGUUAGACCUGGUCUUCAUCAUAUUCAAGUCCGCGAGCACGGCGCUGGCGUUUGAAAGCUUCAUAUACCAUAAUGUGCGGCAGGCGCCACUUGUUCGCUUCUCGAUUGCUCUCGCUUCAUUCCAACUAAUUGGUCUCAUUUCAUGGUCCAUGACAUUUACGAUCAACAUAUUCCGAACAGUGAAGCGGCUAGGAGGUGGCGGGGCGGAUGGUGACGACGGCGCUGUAUGA